CGACGAGUGUGUUGGCUUCAGCCUCUCUUGCGUUGCUGGUUGCAGUUUUUGUGUUUAAUGUACGUGUUUCAUCAUCCGCUGAAUAGAAAGGAAUGCAAUUUGUUGUUUGCGACACGAAAAGGCUUUCUCAUUGUCUGUUCCAAACUCAUCCCUUGCAACGAAACGGCACGGAUUGACUUUUUUGAGUAAUUUUUCCAUCCAUCGCAACUUGCGGGCCAACAUCGAUCAUGAUCGGGAGUCUCGUGCUUGUACCCCAGCGUGGAGCACUAAAUAUGUCAAAGUCUGCCUACCCGAGAGCGCCGACGCGGCCUGCUGCGGUGGCUGCACUCUGCUUCCUGUGUAUAAUGGAAGGAACAACCACGUCAUCGGUCGAAGCUCUCGCUCUCCGGCCCGCCGGACGUGGAGAGUCAUCUUGGAGACCCACGCUGCGGUCAGCAGCGGGGGGCCGUCCGAAAGCAAUUACGACUUCUGACAGCCCGGGCGUCGUGUCCGCUGGACUUGUCACGGGCGGAACAGGAGCAGGGUCGACAUCGGAGACGGGCGGGACGAGGCAUGCAAGCCCAGCGCAUUCGUCUGGCGCGUCUUCCGCCGGGGAAACGUGGAAACCGUCGUUGCGUUCGCCCGCUUCGUCGGCCAGCUCUCCCGCAGGUGGUGGUGCGGCAAGCCAGCCAGCUCUGUCGCUUCCGGGAGUCCAGAGGAAGAGCGUCCAUCGGCUGUCGCCGACAAGUAGCAUGACCCGGCUCUCCUCGACGCAGAGCGGCUCAACCGCGCCACAGAGCACACCAGACGGGGGAAGCGGCUUUGCCGGCGCAAGUGGUACAACUAGGCGUCGUUGGAAAUCGGGCACCGGUGGUAGCGGGUCUUCGUCCACCACUCCGGCUGGGAAUAAUUAUCCAGCCUCACACUCUCGACAGUCAGCCCGGUCGUACCGCGACGCAGUCGUGCGGGGACCGGACCCGUCCGCGGGCAGCGGUGGUCCGGGGAGUUCUUACUACCCCGCGCACCAAGUAGUACCCGAGCCAUCGGAAACCAGCGCAGGAGGUUCAUCGCGGUCACAUUCACACAACUCCAGUGGCCAUCCCGAUGACAUGACCACGGACGCCGGAGGACCUGUGGAAAUCGAUAUCAGCACUGGUGACGUGGACUUGAAGACCGGGGCGUCUUCUGGUACCAGUCGGAACAAACCCACUUUCCUCGUCGGCGGCUUCACAUACAAGCCCACUACGAACUGCAAAAGUAUCGCACCGGUAUAAAUUGUAAUACACAUUGGCUCAGCAUUACAAGUGUAAAUUUGUAAUGCGGAUUUACCGACAGCCACUAGAUUUGUAAUGCAUAACUGCAAUCAGUCCGACUACGAUACUUUUGCAGAGCAUACCCACCCGCGAGCAGCAAAAGGAGUUGCAGAAGGAGGAGCAAUUGAACCGCGAGAUUGAAGAGUUGGAGAGGGGUCGACAGGGACGAGGACCCGCAGCAACGCCGGAACAACCGGAAGUUUUCUCAACGCCAAACACUGAAUUUUUCUACAUCGGCGACGCACCGGCCGUCCCGGAAAACCGUGCCUUGGAAGCCCUGAAGGAGGUGCCACCACCGCCCUCGUCAAGCUCUAUGGAGACGCUCACGAACAGCUUCUUCAGCGUAGGGUGAUAGAUCAUAUCCACCGCGGUGGUCUCGAAACAAAGCGAGGAUUGCAGUUGCUCUAUCUUCUUCGUGAAGAACUUGAUCAUGUGUGCUGUAGACAUACAUGCAGGCUGUCUGUACCCCGGAUUCCUGCUGCUGGUGUAGAUAUACUUGUGUCUUUGAAAUAAAUUUUGCCUUUUGAUUUCUCGUUCUCUUGGUAUAAUCUUGAAAGAACGGAUCAAUUUAUCCGUGCCAAGCUCUGCAAGAUGGAAGCGCGGCAUGAACACAGAGCACGGCUUCUGAUCUCUCUCAGUGUGCGUCUUUUCGUUCGCGAACGACGGGCCUAUGGGCGAAGUGUAACUUAC